AUGGCGGUUAAUAGUCAGAUGCACAACUUAACCACCCUGAUCAAGCGACUUGAGGCUGCAACUUCUCGUCUGGAAGACAUCGCUUCCGCAACCGACCCGCCCGCCGACGCCAAUGUUCUUAACCAGGCGAUACCCUCUCCUCUCAACCCCUCCUCGGCCGCUCCCCCUCCGGCUUCCACUCCUAAAGCCGCGAAGCCCGAGCCUGAAGCUGAGCCGCUUCCUGAAUCCAUUGAGGAAUUCGAUGCUUUCCUGAACACCUCCGUUGAGAAUUAUGUUAAGCUCAGCCAACAGAUCGGCGGGCUUGUCGCUGAACAGGCUUCCCUUGUCAAAACUGGUUUCCAGGAACAGCGCAAGUUCCUUUUGAUAUCCACCAAGGCAAAGAAGCCUGAUCUAUCUGGUUCCGGAAUGCCUGUCUUCCAGAGUCUUAUUAAGCCAAUCAACGAGGCGCUUAUGGCUGUCAAUGAGAUCAAGGAUAACAACCGCGCCAGUCCCAUGAUCACACAGCUAAGCACCGUUUCUGAGGGUAUCAUGGUUCUCGCCUGGGUUACUGUUGACACUCGUCCCUUUAAGCACGUGGACGAAUGCCUAGGUGCGGCUCAGUUCUUCGGCAACAGGGUCCUCAAGGAGUACAAAGAGAAGGAUCCCAAGCAGAUCGAGUGGGUUCAGAGCUUCUACCAGGUGUUCCGUGAUCUCGCCGAUUAUGUCAAGCAAUAUUUCUCAACAGGUAUCCCAUGGAAUCCUCAGGGACAACCUGCCCAGGAAGUCCUAAAGUCGCUGUCUAGCGACUCUGCGCCUUCUCCUGCUCCUGCUCCUCCAGCUGGAGGAGCUCCCCCACCACCUCCACCCCCUGGGCCGCCUCCUGUUUUGGAUAUCAAGACUCAGGAAGCCCCUGCGGCUGCACCAUCUGGCGGUUUGGGCGCCGUUUUCUCGGAACUCAACAAGGGCGACGCUGUUACCAAAGGCUUGCGCAAGGUGGACAAGUCUGAAAUGACUCACAAGAACCCAUCCCUUCGAAGCGGCUCCACGGUUUCUACUGGCCAGAGGGGUAAGAGCCCUGCUCCUGGCAAGAAGCCCAAGCCCGAGAGCAUGCGUAUCAAGAAGCCUGCGAAGAAGGAGCUUGAGGGUAACAAGUGGAUUAUUGAAAACUUUGAGAAGGAAGCCGAGCCUAUUGAAAUUGAAGCCUCCUUGACGCACUCGAUUCUUAUUAGCCGUUGUAACAACACCACUAUCAUCGUCAGGGGCAAGGCCAACCAAGUCACGGUUGAGAACUCAACUCGACUCUCGCUGAUCGUCGACACUCUUGUGUCGACCGUCGACGUUGUCAAGGCUCAAAACUUCGCUCUUCAGGUUAUGGGUACCAUCCCUACUGUUAUGCUUGACCAGAUCGACAGCGCACAAAUCUACUUUAGCAAGGAAAGCAUAGGAACCAAGGUCUUUACAAGCAAGUCAGCGGGUAUUAACCUCAACGUUAUCUCUGGCGAGGACGAUGACUACAAGGAGGUGCCUCUGCCCUCGCAAAUCUGCUCUUACUACGACGAGUCCAAGGGAGACUUGGUUAACGAAAUUGUGGCUCACGCCGGCUAA